GGGAACCCUCCUUCUCCUCCUCACCCCUCUCCUCUCUCCCAAAUGGAUGGAAAAGUUUUCUCCAGCUUGAGGUGAUGCUGGGCGCAAGGGCUCUCCACGCCUGUAAUAUUAUUAUGGGUCGGCAGUGCAUCUGACAUUUCUCUUGUCCUCCCCCAAUCGUUUAGUCCAGCUGUCUGGACAGAGUAAGCGUUCAAGAAAUACCAUCGAUUGAUUGUUAAUCGAAAGCAUUCGGUUGGCAGGUGGGCAGCGAAGGACUUCCCACAGGGGAAUAGUAAUGCCGACGUUCAGUACCUGACCCGGAUACCUGGAGCCUGAACAAAACAUUUCCUUCCUUUGCUCCCUCUCGAGCGUUUUGUGUAUGUGUUUGUGUGUGUUUUAUCAUUUUCAAACUUUGUGCUUAGUUCCUACAAAAAAAAUAAUAGUCUCUCCCCAACCCACCAUGGCCGACGAAAUCGAUUUCACCACUGGAGAUGCCGGGGCUUCCAGCACUUACCCUAUGCAGUGCUCAGCUCUGCGCAAGAAUGGCUUCGUGGUGCUCAAGGGCCGUCCCUGCAAGAUAGUGGAGAUGUCCACCUCCAAGACUGGCAAACAUGGCCACGCCAAGGUUCACCUGGUUGGAAUUGAUAUUUUCACUGGAAAGAAGUAUGAAGAUAUUUGCCCUUCUACGCACAACAUGGAUGUUCCAAAUAUCAAGAGAAAUGAUUAUCAAUUGAUUUGUAUUCAAGACGGUUACCUCUCCCUGCUGACGGAGACCGGUGAAGUCCGUGAGGAUCUGAAGGUGCCGGAAGGCGAACUGGGCAAGGAAAUAGAGGGGAAAUACAACGCAGGUGAAGAUGUGCAGGUCUCUGUCAUGUGUGCAAUGAGUGAAGAAUACGCUGUAGCCAUAAAGCCCUGCAAAUAAACAGAAUCAUCAGGCUUGAGCCAACGGUUCAAGUCUGGACAAACCACAGAUCUUAAAUUCGGUUCUGACCGUCACCAAAGCUAUGGCCUUCACGAGCAACCUCAUUUCUUUUUGAAUUGUUUCGAAGUAGUGCUGGAUGCUGGACUAGUCUUGCAGGCAACUGGCCAUUUUUAAAAUCACUGAGGUUUAUAAUCCUGUAUGAAUUAAGUAGAUCCCUUACCUGCAGUCCACCUGCAUAUUCUCUCCCAGAGCUUAGUAUAGGGCUUCGCACCCCGUAAGCGCUUAAUAAAUACUAUUACUACUUCGUCUUCAACAUUCCUCCAGCUGCUAAACGAACGGUCCAGAAACCUGACCCAAUAGACAUUUUUUUUUAUUAUCUUGUAUUUUUCUGGGAACACUGUACAGAAGAAUUAAGUUCUAGGUUUUGGUUGAAAGGGAGGUCUGUACAUUUAGAGUACUGUAGCACCCAACUUAAAAUAAUUCUGGAUAUGGCUCCUAGAAUAGAAUGUGGGAUCGGACCCUUCAACGCUCAGUACUGUGGGGGCCCAAGCACAAUUUCUAGAAACCGAGAAACUCAAGUGAUCCAAAAUGCCAGUUGCUUUGCCAAAAGUCCCAGUGGCCAUGGGCAACUAGCUCAAUAUAUUACCUCUGUUCUACUUUUUUAUUUGCCAACUCAUUGGCGUAUUCAAUAUAAUGCUUUACAAUGGUGUCAAAACCCUGCCUAUGGUUGAGAGGGACAUUGACGUGUCUCAGCUGUUGGGUGGCCGUUACAAAGGUAGGUUGUCAAAUGGUGGCACCACAGGGGUGGGGGUAAAGGAGAGGGAGAUAGUCGAAGUUACAGUUUUUUUCACUCGAGGCCUUUGUCAUCAGACUAAAAAGCAGAAAAACCCCAUUUAUUUGGCGUUUUCUUUCUGCUGUCUUUUUCUUGAAAUGUUAUUCAAAAGGACCAACCAGCUCCCCAAGAUCUCGUCUGCAGCGCUGUCGGCGUGUGGUUCUAAUGACGAUGAUCCAGUUUUCGACCAUUUAAAAAACGAGGAAUGUCAGCAUUGAAACUUUGGUCCCACCGAAAGGGCACACGCUCGAUUUAACCUCCGUGUUGAAAAUGUGUUCGGUUUUCUGCGGUUGAAAUUCUGUGUAAAAACGCUCCUGAAUCGUGGAUCAAGUUUAGGUUUAUAUAAUGCCAAUUCAGCUCAGUUUUUAGGCCUGUGGCAUUUAAGUUAGGGUUUACUCAUUUCCACCAUUUAAUAGAGCAAUUGGUUGCUCUAACUGAUUCACUUAAAAGUAGAUUAAGUAAGACGGUUCAGUGACAGAUUUGACAGAACUUGGAGAGAGUUCUCUGAGCGGCACCCUCACCCACCCCGCCAAAAAGUCCAGUGAAUCUCUAUCCCCGGACAAUCUAAUAAAGUAGAUUGUACAAGUUAAGACAGCACGAUGAGGUAAAAGAUGCAGUUAGUUUCUAGAUGAUUGGACCAGUGGUUUCCAAAACUGGUAGUCGCUAGACUUUGCAUGCUUUAAAAUAUCCCCAGGUGAAACUGUUAAAUUGCAUUGUAGAGGAGGGAAGAGAUGGUAGAAAACUGUAGCAAGGGAAAUGGUUAAGCACAAGGAAUCUCAAGUUCUUCAAUUAAAACAAUUUGUGGAUAUACGAUCUCAUUUUUCCCCUCUCUAAAGCACAAUUAAGCACCGAUGCGUAAUUCUUGGCAUCAGUCCAUCUAAAUAUCCACUGCGUAUUUCUGUCCAUUUCCUGGUUCUUUGUAAAUGUAUUUGCUUGCUGUCCCUUCGCAUGAUUACUGGAAAUCUGGAAAAUAAUCAAAAUGAUUAAGCAAUGUUAUUGAUUAACAGCAAGGUGACGGUUAAGCCUUGUUUGUCCGAGCUAACCGACCAUAGAAUGACUCCGGACUUUAAUAAUGGAAAUAAGAUUUUUGGCCCUAUAAAGACUUCUGUCCCAGAAAUGAACUCAGUGGUGAAAAAUCCUCAAACUCAGCAUCUUCAUGUCAAAUUAGUCUAGAGUGGUGGUGCGGGCCAAGGCCGAAAAUUCCUAAUCAGUUUAGCGCUAAUUCUAGGCUGGCCACUCUAGUCCUUUUUGACAUGUCAGACUUCAUAUUCAUCAGUAUAGUUUAAAUGGCAUUGUAAGGUUGAACAAAUUACUACAGCCACGUGUCCCUAAUUUGCUCCCUUCAAAUGGCAAGAGUUAUGGGUCUGCUGCUGAAAUUUCGUUUUUCGUACUAUGUAAAGUGUAAAUACUUUUCUGGUGUAUGAAUAAUCUGUGGAUUUUUAAAAUCUAGGACUGUUUUCUUCCAGUAGGUCACUCGAUUGAGAAGGAUUCUGGAGAACAAGUCCACCCAGUUCUCCUUGAGUGCGAGGCCUGCGCUCUUGGGAAACUUUACCUUAAGAAAAACUCGUGCCCUAGUACUCACUCAGUUCUGAUGCCACAAGCGUGCGCGUAAGCCAUUUUUUUGCAGAACUCUGAAUCCAAACAGGCUCACGCUCUUGGAAGAAUGUUCCCUAAUUCCGUUACUGCUUUUCUAGCCAAAACAGGGAGUGAAAACACGGGUUACGGCAGAACUGGGUAAAUUCCACCGAAAAGGAGCACGCGUUUUUAAUCUCUAGCACAAAAGUGACUUUGUCGUCUUUAAUGCCGGAGAAGGGUUGCUAGGAGUUGAUUCCUCGCUAUUCGCAGCAUAUGGUUUAAUACCUUGUUACCACGUGCAGGUUACGGAAUGUCCUGUUGGCAGUUUACAUGAUAUGUGAUGUAGCGUAGAUGUAUGUCUUAGGAGCAUUUUAUUAAGUUUAUUUGCAGUAUUAACAAAAAUGAGCUCGAUAGACUGAAGGUGGAUUUUUUUUUUUCCCUCAAGGUUCCUUUUCUUAGCUAAAUAAUCGAUGAUUCCGGACUUCUGUCGUGCCCUGUGGCGAAAAAUGUAUCCUAGAAAGUUACCGCUGUGUCUUUAGUUGAGCAUUGCUUCACGGACAGAAUGAUGAGGUGCCUCUCUAUUCCCAUGGAGCUGUUAAUUAACUUCAACGUCCAAGGCUUAAGCAGCUUCUAACAGGUCUUUUGGUAGCAUCGGGUUUUUUUUAACUUGUACUCCAUAUUAACAACAGACUUUUGCUGCCAAAGCACGAUGAUGAUAAACUUUAGCAGUAGGUUCUGGACUAGGUUAAAAAUAUAGGCCGUGAAAUCCUGGCUAUGGGUUCUCCGUUCUGAAAGUUAUAUUUUAUGGCGUCAUGUGUGUGUGCGCGCACGUGGACACAUGAUUUUGUGUUUGGGUCUCGUGCCGUGUGCGUGCACACGAGCGUGUAUUCGUUUUUGUUUUUAUUAUUUUUCUGAAGUCGUUUCCCACUCUCUAAAAGUACCGUAGGCUGCUUAGGGCCUCAAGUGUUGAUAAAUUUCCAUUUCAACUUCACCCGUCCUCGUUUCUGUGUUUUAUGUGCUUGGUUGCUCCUCAGCUGGAAUAUUUCUGGUUGAGCUGUAAUUUGAAUGCACUGUUCUCAGGGCUGUUUUUGCUAAGAGUUGAAAUUUAGCUGACGUUUCCUUAUUUUAUAGGUUUUUGCCUCAAAACCGAUUGCAAUAUUUUGCUGAUUCAUAGUCAUCUGUAGCAAACCCCCAAAUAAUCCAAGCUGUUUACAGCAUUCUGAGUGAAUUCAGGAAUAAAAUCGGGGCUUCUACGUCUAAUCCGAUUUAGCUGUCUCCUGUUAAAUGAAAAUAGAAGACGAUAUCUCUGCUGGAUACCUUCUGGAGCAAAUUUAAAUACAACAUAAAAGUGCUGUGCAUUUCUAAUGCACACAUUUCCUGAAAUACGAGAGAUGCAUUCAGUUAUGGGCAGGGAACAUGCCUGCCAACUCUGUCGUAUUCUCCCCAGUGCUCAAUACCGUAAGCGUUCAAUAAAUACCAUAUAUUGAGUUAUCCCUGGGCGUAGCAACUUCAUUCAUGCCGAAGGAUACCUACUCUCUGCCGAGCUGCGUGUAUUUCUCUUCCCUUUCACCCUGAGUAAAUAUGCAUUAGCCUCGUUGUGGCUAAUAGAGAACCUGCUAAGUACUAGAAAUGAAUUUUAUUUUUCCAAUUGCACCAGACCAUUCUUGCCUGCUACAGAGGACCUAGGUUUCAGGCAAAAUUUAAGGCAUCGCUCUAUUCUAGGCAUUAUACUGGACAGUUUCAUGUUACAAAUGUUUUGCAUGGUACAGCUUCAUUCCUGAAUUCUUACUAAUAUCCAUAGAAGUGGCAGCUGAGUAGUUCUACAUUUUGGUUAUUAUCCACUGUAAACCUAGAAACACUCAAUUUUCAUCAAAAUGUUUGUUUACAGGUGUGGCAUCUAUCCAGGUAAUAUAGCCCACUGAAAAUCACAAGUUCUUUUCCAUCUUGUAUUUGGAGGCACAGGCAUUUUUUUUUUCCUGGAAUUUGGUUUUGUUCUUCCAGAAAAGAAAGGAGACACUGGUUGUAGCAAACCGAGAAAAAUUUAUAUCUAGCCUUAGAAAUAAAAACUGAAAUUUUGCUAACAACUGUAAAGACCAUUUGCAUUUUAGGAGCUACAUUUUGCUUUCGAAGUCAUGAGAGCAAUCAUUUGGAAACUAGAAGUGUACACGUUAGUAAUAGCGACAUUGCAAAUAUUUCUAGUGUUUUUAUUAAUCUCUAAAGAUUGUUGAAAGCCUUUAAAAUGUAGAUGGUAAAUUCACCGACUAAAAUGUUUUAUAAAUGGUGGUGAGUUUUGACUUGUAUUUACAACAAGGAAAAAAAUAAAGCUAAACUUAAGGUUCA